AUGAACUCUCCAGCCCCCAUUCUUCGUCCUGCCAUUCCAGGAAACCGGGGCCGUGCGGCGCCCAGAUUGGGGCUGGCCAUUCCUCCCUCACCAAACGUCAAGCCUGUGGGCAACCAGGCUAUUCAACCGCCUGCUAGGCCCCCCCUACCGACUCUGCACCUGGCAACGCCCAUGGGCAGCCAGGCCACGCCAUAUGAACAGCCUCCGAGGUCGCAGGGCAUUCAGCCCGGACAGUCUGCUGGCGGUGGCAGCGAGAGCAGUGCAGCGCAUUCAAGGUCUGGGAGCUUUGGCCCUCUCGAUGGCCGAGCAAGCAACCCCACGUCUGCGGGUUCUCAGUUCUCGGCCCUUUCAUUUGCCUCGCAGUUUGGCAUCCCUGUAACACGACCCCAAGGAACCCCGGAUCCUGUAUCGGCCGUCGGUUCCAUGUACUCGGAGAGAAGUGAGGGAGGUGUUUCCAUGGAGAGAGAUGGAAGUUUGCAGGGCCUGGAGGGCUUUGACCGACUAAGCAUCGAAAAAGCGAGGAAUGCAGAUGUUGAAGAUUUAGAUGACGAGGGGUGGAGGAUUGCCAGCUUGGAAAAGCGAAUCAUUGAGCUGGGCAAUCUUGGUGAGGGUGCUGGAGGAGCUGUUACCAAGGCCAUGCUUAAAGGUGGCAAGACCAUAUUUGCCCUCAAGAUUAUCACUACCAAUCCUGAUCCUGAUGUUAAGAAGCAGAUCGUUCGAGAAUUGGGUUUCAACAAAGAAUGUGCUUCUGACCACAUUUGUCGCUACUACGGAGCAUUCGUUGAUCCUUCCACAGCCACCAUUUCUAUAGCCAUGGAAUUUUGCGAAGGUGGCUCAUUAGAUAGCAUCUACAAAGAGGUGAAGAGACUGGGUGGGCGUACCGGUGAAAAGGUACUGGGAAAGAUUGCCGAGGGUGUUUUGGGCGGCCUUACUUAUCUCCACACCCGACGCAUUAUCCACAGAGACAUCAAGCCUUCCAACAUCCUGCUGUGCCGUGACGGCGCGGUUAAGCUUUGCGACUUUGGUGUCUCUGGAGAUUUUGGAACCAAAGGCGAAGCCAACACCUUCAUCGGCACUAGCUACUACAUGGCACCAGAACGAAUUACCGGCCAGUCAUACACCAUUACAUCUGAUGUAUGGUCCACAGGAGUUACGCUGCUUGAAGUAGCGCAGCAUCGGUUCCCCUUCCCUGCAGAUGGCACAGAGAUGCAGCCUCGUGCAGGUUUGAUUGAUCUGCUCACGUACAUUGUGAGGCAGCCCGUUCCGACUCUCAAGGACGAGCCCGACAACGAUGUAUACUGGAGUGACAACUUUAAGUACUUCAUUGAAUGCUGUCUGGAGAAGCAGCCCAAUCGCAGAGCUAGCCCGUGGAAGAUGUUGGAGCACCCGUGGAUGGCUGAAAUGCGAUCCAAGAGGGUAAAUAUGGUGAAAUACCUUUCCUUUGUAUGGGGUUGGGAUGAGAAGCAGGUCAACAGCUCUCGAUAA